AUGACACCAGAUCUCAACGCAGUCAGCAAGAGUGAAAGGUGGGACUAUUCUACGCCAGGCUUGAGUGGCUAUAAUAUUCCAGACAUCGUCUAUAGUCUGGUCUACCAGAUCCAAAAGCACUGUAAGGACGUCGAGCAUGUCAUCUACGGGAAGAACGCAGAUAUUGGCGACAGCUGGCUGGAGAAUCGAUAUCGAGUCUGCGCUUGCAAUGUUCCCUCACAUGCUUACACUCUCAACUUCGCCUUGAACCCGGACUGGCCACGCUUCUUCUCUUACGCACCAGAUAUCCAGAAGUACCUCUUGAAGGUAGUCGAGGUAUUCGAGUUGCGCAAGUACAUGACCUUCAAUACAGAAGUUAUUAAGGGCAUGGAGAAGUUCAAGGGCCGCAUCGUGUACACUGCAGUCUGGCCGGAAGAGUACCAAGAUGGCAAGUGGAAGAGCGACCGCGUCGCAAUCAUCGGAUCAGGCGCGUCUUCAAUUCGGACAGUGCCCAAGAUGCAGCCACAUGCUAAACAUCUCAACAUCUUUGUGCGGACCGGUGUCUAUGAAGGACAGAAUGCUGCACAAAAGAUGUUCAGGGAAAGAAUGAAGGAGUUCCUCAAAGAUGAGCGACUUUUGCAGGGCUUCACACCAAAGUUUGAAUUUGGCUGCCGCCGCAUCGCACAAAUAGAAGCCAUCCAGAAUGAAAACGUCGAUGUGCACUUCACGGCGGUUGAGGCGAUAAACGAAGACGGAGUCAUUGGCGGUGACGGCGUCAAACGCAAGGUCGAUACAAUUAUUUGCGCCACCGGCUUCGAUGUCACACACAAGCCUCGAUUCCCAGUGAUCGUUACGAACAACAUAGAUCUUUAUGAGAAAUGGAAAAAGGAGCCAGGGUCGUAA